AUCAGUUCAAUGUGUUUCUUCCCCCCUUGCAAUAAACGAAGGCCGGUUCUUCCCCUGCAGACCAUUUAAUUUCGAAAUUACAGGAAAAGGGAACGAUACAAUGGCAUCAAAACUGGUUCAAUGAAUGGAGUAUGUUCAUCCGGUCAGUUUCUCUUAAUUGCGGCAAAAGGGUUAAAGGGGAAGAAGAAAUCAAUCCACCAUGACCCAAAUUCGCCAUAAACCACUAUAAAAUCCCAGUAAGAUAAACAGAUUAUGAUUAUGUAGUUUUCCCAAUCUGAAAGAGCAAAGAAAGCGAUUCAGAGUUGCCGUUUUUCCACCGCCAAACUGCACCGCCGAUUGAGAAUACGCCUGGAACGACGCGAGGGAGUAGGUCUGGCGAUCGGCUGCGGUUUAGGGAUGGAAGGUAUGGAACCUAUUGACAAAGCUUGGAUACAAUUGAAGAAUCGGGCAUGCACACAGUACAUUGCGGGAAUGGAGAAAUUCGCGAAGUACGCAACAGACCAUGUUAAAGACGAUGAUGGUCUAAUAAGGUGUCCUUGCGUGGAAUGUGGUAAUGUGCGUAGAAUGACAGUGAACCAUGUAGAAGGACAUCUUCUUUAUAAAGGAAUGAGAACUGACUACACUAAAUGGAUUUACCAUGGCGAGGUCGACGAAGAUGAAGAAGAUGACGAUGAAGGUCCAGAAUUGGGUGAUGAUAACAUGGAAAUAGACGAUGGAGAUGAUGGCGAUAUGGGUGAAGAUAACGAUAUGGAUGUAGAUGAUAUGCUUGGUUUUCUGAACGACCUCAUGGCUCCAUUAGCGAAUCUGGAAGAACCUAAUGCCCAAGCUCAAAAUUUAGAUCCAGAAUGGGACAUGGUGGUUGAGACAAGGCCGAGGAAUUUUUAUAAUGUGGCGGAUGUCGAGGAAAUUUUAGAAGAACAAGCAUACCAAGAAGACGAAAUGACUAAUGGGGGUCGAGUUAUCGAGGAUGAGGACGACGAUGUUAACUUAAACUUGCGUGGAAUGGGUUAUGAAGAAUUUCUUUAA